CAAUCCGGCGAGUACAACCCUUUGUACGCGGCAGCAUCUGACGUUCUAGGAGUUGGUCCACCCCCAUCGGCACCUGUCAUGGGACCUCCCACCCAGGUACUAUAUUCACAAGACAUUGCUACGUCUCAAUUUAUACAACCAUCCAAUCCGACUUCAAGUGCUUCCACCAUUCGGUCUCUCGAUGAGGCCGAAUUUGAGGAAAGAUCUCCAUUGUAUCGCACGGGCACGACUGCUUCUGCCACACUCCGUACGCAGAAAACGAAGGCUGUUGAUCUUCGUGCCCCUCCAUAUACCAAAGAAUACAUCGAUAAUUACCGUCAGCGCAUCAAAGCCGACCCUGACCCUGAAGCUCACUUUGCUUAUGGCAAGUAUCUUAUCGACGCUGCGAAGAAGAUAGGAGCAGAUGCCAAGGAUCAGCGCGCCGUCCGCAAAUUUCGUGAUACCCUCAUCCAAGAAUCGCUGAAGGUAAUGCGACGCUUGGCGACACAAGGUCAGCCCUACGAUGAAGCACAAUUUUUCUUGGCCAACUGUUACGGGACUGGUAUGCUGGGCCUUCAAGUGGAUCAUGAGAAGGCGUAUCACCUCUACCUUCAGGCUGCGAAACAAAAUCAUGCCGCUGCUACGUAUCGUGUCGCGGUGUGCAAUGAGAUUGGUGCUGGGACAAGGAAGGAGCCUCCACGAGCCGCCGCUUUUUAUCGCAAGGCAGCAUCAUUAGGCGAUACCGCUGCCAUGUACAAACUAGGGAUGAUCUUGUUACAGGGUUCUCUUGGGGAGGCAAAAAAUCCAAGGGAAGCCAUUGGAUGGCUACGGCGCGCGGCCGAGCAGGCGGACGAGGAGAAUCCACACGCUCUUCAUGAACUCGCACUACUCCACGAGAUACCGAACGGCCAGUUCAUCCCUCACGAACCUCUCCAGUCGAAGGAGCUCUAUACACGGGCUGCGUAUCUGGGAUACACACAGUCUCAAUACAAGCUUGGUCAAUGUUAUGAAUAUGGAGCUCUUGGAUGUCCUGUUGAUCCCCGGAGAUCAAUAGCAUGGUAUACCAAAGCUGCGGAGAAGGGAAAUUCGGAGGCCGAACUUGCUCUGAGCGGAUGGUACCUGACAGGAAGUGACGGGGUCUUGGUACAAAGUGACUCAGAGGCAUAUUUGUGGGCAAGGAGAGCAGCAAAUAAAGGGUUGAGCAAGGCUGAGUAUGCCGUUGGUUACUAUGCAGAGGUUGGUAUUGGUAUCAAGCAGGAUGUUGAAUUUGCCAAACGAUGGUAUAUGCGAGCGGCUGCACAGGGAAACAAACGAGCUAUGAACAGGUUGACAGAGAUGAAGCGGCAAGGAAGCAAGCGAGCGAACAUGGCGCGACCCACUCGACAGCAGGCAAAGGAUGAAUGUGUCGUUUGUUAAUGAUACAACAAUGGAGAGCAAUCGAUUAAUUGUAGAUUCCC